AUGUCUGUCCUUCUACUUACCUUGUGCUACAUGGUCAGUGCUGUAGCCGCUGCUUCUCUUCGAGUCUCAAUUCCGGCCUCGCAUGUGCUCCCUAACCCGAAUACGUUACCGGCGUCAACUCAUGCCAUCCUCACUUCUGGCUCAGGACGGCCAAUCCGCGCUGCGUUGAGGAAAGGCAACUACUUCGACUUCUCAGACAUUCCAACAACUGGUUCGCAUCUACUGGACAUCUACAGCGACGAGUAUGUUUUUGCACCUUACCGCAUCGACAUCUCCGCGUCCUCAAACUCCUCGACCGUCGUUACAGGAGCCUGGGAGACAUACCGUGGGACAAGAUGGGAAGAUAGAGGCGUGGCUCUCGUCGCUGCACCGACGGAGCGGCUAGAUUUGGCUGCCAAGGUCCUGUCGAAGAAGAACUUCUACGAGCAGCGACAGGGUUUCAACCCCAUGAGUCUCCUCAAGAAUCCAAUGAUACUCAUGGCUGUCGUGGCUCUGGCCUUCACUUUUGGCAUGCCCAAGCUCAUGGAGAACAUGGAUCCUGAAAUGAAGGCCGAAUAUGAAGAGAUGCAGAAAAAGGGUCCCAUGGGCGGUCUCUCUCGGGCGAUGCAGGGCGGAGGUGCAGGUUCUGGGGCCGAGAGCUUUGAUCUUGCUGGUUAUCUGGCUGGCAGCAGUAAAAGCACUGGUAACGACCGCGGCUCCGACAGCAUUCGCGAAAGGAAACGGUGA